AUGAGCGAAUUCAGAAUUCCAUUAACUCCUCACAUUUUGGUAGCGCUCCUAGAGCGAUAUAUUCCCAAAACGGUAAGAUUUUUUCCGAUUUUCCGGUUAAAAAUGUUAUCUCUUUUUACAGAAGCUAUGUCAAAGCGAUAAAGAUUUAAUAUUGAAAUAUGAAGAGAAUUUCGAACCAUUGAAAGUGCUCACAGAAGUUCUUGUGAAUUCAACAGAUCGUUUGGAUAUUUACGGGCCAGCUGACAAAUUGUUGAAAGAACUCGAAAUGUUUUUCGAUUUCCCACAUCAUUUUGAUUUUAUUGGAGUGAAACAUGGAAUGGUUUAUACACAGGAAAGAAUUCGAAGAUAUAACAGUCAAAAGAACAUGGAUUUUAUUCAAAAAGCUGAUAUUUUCAAAUUGGUUCAUUCAAGUGUUGAACAUAAAUCUGAAGAACACGAAUCAAUUUGUUUGACACUAAUUGAAUCUUAUGGAAAUCGAGUUUAUCGAAAUUUGAAAAAUUGUUAUGAAAUGGUAUCGACUGAUGUUGCAGAUGAGGUUUUGAAGAAAAAGAAGGAUUUGUAUUUUUUGACACAAAUGGUUUGUUGAUUGUAUGAAAUUUGAAAAAAAAGAUAUUUCAGGAUUUAACAGUUCAAAAUGCUCAUCUUCGUUUGUCCGAAUACAACAUUGACAAAUUUUUCGAGAAUCUCGUCCAAUUUUAUGACUCAGAAUACGAUCAAGAACUCCUGAAUCGCCUGAAAAACCGACUUAUCGAUUUGCAACAAACCAAACGAAUCGAAUUGAACAUGAACUUUUAUCAAACAAUCUAUGCAACUCAUAUUUGUUACACGUUGUUUUGUCAAAAACUCAUUCAAGCUUUUCCACAUGUUUUUCGACCAUUUGACCCACUCACAAUGGUAAAAAUAUAUUUUUUUUCCUUCAAAUCUUUGAUUUUUUUCAGGAUAAAUCAAUGCAUUGUCCAAUAAUUCGACAAUUUUCGGAUAAUGGUGUUCGAUUUUAUAUGGCAAAUGAAUGGAAAGCUGCUGCAAUUUAUCAAAAAGGUGUUCAAAUUCCGAUUGAAACUGAAGAAGAGCGCAACACAUUUGGAAUUUUGAAUACAGUUUCAGUCACACGAUUUGCUGAAAAUAAUCGGGUAUCGAAAAAUAGCUCAGGAUGUAUCAGUGUAUGUUUUUUUUCUUGUUGCCACCUCAAAAACAUGUUUUUUUUCAGAAAAUCGAAGUAGAUUACAAUAGAACUUCGCGUGGAAUUGCAAUUCCUAUCAUUUCACAUUUUGGAACGCAUUGUAAAUUGGCAAUUGAUGUUUUCAACGAGAUAUUCGAAAUAUUCUCAAUAGAAUUUCGAUGGUUUGAUUCAACUGACCAAAAAGAUGUUGGAAAAAUCAAUACUUGGUUUGAAGAAUUGGGAGAAGUGUUUAGUGAAACGAAAAAGUCGAAAUACCUGAUUGAAUUGUGGAAAAUCGAAGAAUUGAAAGAAAAAGCGUAUGAAGAAAUGCAAAAAUAUGUGGAAAAAACCGAAAUAUGAAAUUGGAAAAAAUAAAAUAAUAUCGAAAAAGGAAGAUAUUCGAAAAGAAUUGGAGAAAUUAUAUGGGAAUGGAAAUGGAAAGAAAAUGGAACAUGAAUUAUGGGAAAAAGAAUAUUUGAAAAUUAUUCGAGAAUCAAAUAAUCGAAAUAAUAUUACGAAAGGAGAUAUCAUGAAGUUAUAUAAUUCAUAUUUAAAGCAUCAAUUUAUUCAAAAUAAUUCGAAAUUUCAAAAAUUCGUACAUAAUCAAUUGGAAUGUAUUAUUGAUGAUGGAUUUAGUUGUGAUUGUUCCACUUCUUCUUCUUCCCAACAAAAAACGAAUGGAAAAAUUGAGCUAAUGAAAUUAGAAGAAAUAAAUCAUCGAUACAUUUCUUUUCUGAAUGAUCAUAUUUUCUUUAUUUUCACAAAAAAUGGACAAAGUUAUUAUGAUAAUGAUAGUUGUGUUAAAAGAUGUCUCGAUUUUAUGAUUUCGAAAUUUCCGAAAACAUCGAGGGAAUUGAUUCAAAUAAUUUUCAAAUAUGAAAUUGAAAAAAUUGGGGAAAUGAAGAGAGAUGUUAUUUAUUUAACUGGAAAUGAGUAUGAACAAUAUCAAAAUGAGAUUUUAUCAUUUUUCGAUACAUUUUUGAUGGAACAAGAAAAGGAAAGUGGAAAAGAGAUGGAUAUUCGAGAAGCCAGAAAAUUAUUGAAGGAAAAAUAUGAAAUUAAUGAUAAAUUCGAGGAAGAAAUCAAAAAAUCACCAAAUAUUGUCAAAAUAAUAAUUGCCGCAAAACAAUUGUUCGAUGAAUGUUUCGAGAGAAUCAAAAGUUUGAUAGAUUAUUAUCGAAUGAAUUCGAAUCGAAAAAUCAUAUUGAGACAUAUGUGUGAAUUGAGAAUUGAGGAACAAAAUGAGUGGCAUUUGUUUGGUCAAGAAGUUUUGGAAGCUAUUGAGAUUGUUUUGGAAAAUGAGAAUCGAUUGGGAUCUAUGAGAGGUAGUUUUUUGAUUUGUAAAUAUUUUGAAUUUUCAAAUAUUUUCAGGGCAAAUUGAAAAAUGGCGAAACACUUGGAAUUGCUCUGACGGUCAUUAUUCAACAAUUCAAGUGAAUCUACUCGAAACAAUUUUGAAAGUUGUUGGAAUUAAUGGAUCGAAAAUCAUAUUAGUGCCAGAUAUUGGAUACUGUCGGAAUUUGGUUGAAAUUCCAUUGACUAUGGGAUAUUUAGCUAUGCAAAUUCAAGCGCCUGAUGGGAAAAUGGCAUAUCAUGAAUAUAAUGUGAGAAUUAUUUUAAAAAAUUAUUAAAUUAACUUAUGCCCUAGAUUAGAUAAGUUAUUUUUUGGCAGGCUUUAUCGAUGAUUUUUCAAUUUGGAGCUUGUGAUAUUUAUUGGGGAAAUGAAAAUCAAAGAGGAUUGAAAAAUAAGCAUCGAAAAAAGGUUUUGGAAGAAAUGUCGAAAAUCAAAAAAGGAUAUACAACAUCGGAAAUUGUCGAGAAAUCAUUGAAAAAAGUGAUGUAUGCGGAAGUUAUGCAAAAAACGCCGCUCACAUAUUUUCAUAACAAAAAAUUCAGUCAUGAACUUUGUGCACAAGAAUAUGCGUCAUUUUUCAAAGUUUGCAACUUUCCAAAACAUGUUCGAUGUGAUUAUGAAGAUACGGCUGUUAUGCGAACGAAAUUCCUUUUUAUGUUACAAUGGAUUGAACAUAUUGUGAAUGAUUUACAAGAUCAUCGAUUAAAAACAAAAUUAUUGAAAGCUUUCACAAUUAUUUUUCCGAUUUUUGCGAUUCGAAAUGUUGAGGAAUUUAUGGAAAUUCGAAUGAAAAGAAAAUGCCCUUUGAAUUUGGAAGGAAUUAAUGAAUGUAUUCGUAUGAGACAUGAAAAUGAGGCUUUCAAAUAUGAAUAUCAAAAAACUGGUGGGAUUGCUAUUUUUGAAUUUCAAAUUUUUAUGUUUUUUUCCAGGUUUCCUCAAAAAACAUUAUUUCUUCGAUGAUACCGAUUGUUUAGGAAUGACAUAUAAACAGAAAAAAGAUGCGCCGUCCAAAAAAUCGAUGAAAACUGAUGGAAACCUAUGGAACUUGGAAGCAGCAAGAAUUUUCAAAGAUUUGGUGGAAUUUUCGAGAGUUUUCGGCUUAUUUUGA